AUAUAUAGUUCACGUGUUGAGGCGGACGCUUCCUCUUCUCGCUUUUUACUUUCGAUUAAAGAGCAGACGUCGACGGCUCCAGACAGAGACGCACGGAGCUGCGACCUCAACGGGUGAAUGUCGGAUUUGAUCUAAAGAAGCCUCAAGUGAAAAACAGAUCGCAUAAAAUGAGCCAGGAGGAGAAGACGUACGACCCACUGGACACCACCAUGACGUUUGUCGACAGGGACGACGACUUGGACCCAUUGUUCAGUGAAGAGGACUGUGUCAGCCUCAGAGCCCAGAUGUCCUGCGGCCACGCUGUCACUCCUGAAAACCUCACGCAGUGCUGUCGCAGCCAGCUGGAGCAGGUACCGGACCGAAGGACGCUGCUUUGGGUCCAGAUGCGCCAUCUAGUGGCGAGAAAGAAACACAGCACAACACAACUGCAAACUACAGUGAAAAGACCAUUCUUCUUUUACUUUAAAUCUGUAACAACUAACUUUUUUACUUUUUUUAAUUUAAAAAUCAUCCUCCCUCCAAACAAUGUAAUCAUCAACCAGCCUAUUUGUAAUCCCAAAGCUCCAUUCUCUCUGUUUCAGGGCAACUACACAUUCAGAUGCCAGGCGAUCAUAGAGGGAGUGGAGCAGUGCAAUAAACCGUGGUCGUACCAGGAGGUGCGCAGGAUGGCCGACCUGUCCGUGGAGGAGAUGCAGGAGUUCGAGGAGAAAAUCGCUCUUCUGGCUGCUGCACAGUACUGCGAGAUUCAGUCUUGUCCACAGUGCAAGACCAGCGUGGAGCGGAAGGAUCUGUCCAACCUGUGCGUCCUGUGCACCGUGUGCAAAGCGGACCGGGAGCAGAACCACCAGUUCUGCUGGCAGUGCAUGAAGCCGUGGAAGGGUCCGGCUCCGCGGAGCGACCGCUGCGACAACGACGGCUGCGUCAACAAGGACCUGGAGCUGCUCAGGAAGUGCAAAGACACCGUCCUCGCUGAGGUGCAGGGCGUCGGUGCCUGUCCCUCCAUCCGGGCCUGUCCCACCUGCGGGAACCUGGUGGAGCACGACAGGACGGGCUGCAAGAACAUCACCUGCCCUCGCUGCCAGGUGGAGUUCUGCUUCGUGUGCCUGAAGCUCACGCGUCGGUGUCUGAAGACCAGCUCCUACUUCAUCCCCUGCAGAGACGGCGUCGCCCCCAGACAAACCUCCAUCCCCGUGUGGAGGAGGCGCAGACGCUGAGGCAACACGUUCACUCCCUCCUACGCAUCAAAACCACUGGAAAUAUCCGUUGACAAAUAAUCAUAAACAUUAUUAAUAUUUGCAAGUAUUUAUAAACCUGUGAUGGAUGAAUUGUCAUUAUAUGUUGCUGGAGGUCAAGAAUAUCAUGAAUAGAGUUUACUUCACUGGCCUUUGAAGAGUUGUGUGAGUGAAAAACAAAUAUUUUGAACCAAACAUAUAUUCAUCCACAAAUAUUCAUUAGGUUAAUAAAAUAAUCUGAUGAGA